AUGUCGACCGCACCCAAGAAGGAAUUCCUCUGCAUUCUGCCGGAUAAGCCCGGUGCCCAGGCUAAGCGUCUGGAGGUUCGCCCAUUGCAUCUAGAGGGUGUCAAGCCUCUUGUUGCGGGGGGCUCGAUUGUUGCUGGUGGCGCCAUGCUAAAUGCUCACCCCGCCGAGGGCGAGACUCCCUCGUUCAAGGGUAGUAUGAUGCUGGCACAGGCCGAGAACGAGGAGGAGGUCCGCAAGAUCCUCGAGAACGAUAUCUAUGUCCGUUCGGGUGUGUGGGAUAUGGAGAAGGCGCAGAUUAUUCCUUUCAAGUCUGCUGUGCGUCAGCAGUUGUAA